GUUCCAGGUGUGCCAGUACAUCCCCAUCCUCAGUCCCCAUGCACUGCUCCCUUCUACCCUAGCCUUUAAUGUAAAUAUCUCAGAAAGGGAAUAUAUUUCAAGUCUACACCUUUAGCAUAUGAUGUUUAAUGUAAGUUCUAACUCCCUCUAUUAUUUAUAGAUUCGAGGAAGAUGCUGCUGUCUAGACCUAGCCGGAGUGGCCUGGCCACACUACAGAGAACAUGCUGGUUGCGAGCUAUGGCUCAGAGGACCUCCCCCGCAGUCCACUUCGCCUGGACCCGCUUCCACUCCCACAACACGUGGAGCAAAGCUGGUGACCCAAGACGCAGGAGGCUCAUGGGAGCAGCAGUGGUGGCUGGAGCUGGGUUGGGCAUAGGGACCAUCUUAGCCUUUGGAGAUCAACGUCAACAGGCUGCCAAGGCUGAGGCCCCAGAGUCUGCAUCCGAACCCCAGUUUCCUACCUUUACUCGGCAGGAGGUUUCCCGCCACAACAAUGAGGCCAGUCGGGUGUGGGUGACCUAUGGCAGUGAUGUUUUUGAUAUCACAGAUUUCAUAGAGCAACAUCCGGGAGGAAAAAGCAAGAUUCUCCUGGCAGCCGGUGGUGCUCUGGAACCUUUUUGGGCCCUCUAUGCUAUGCACAACCAGGAACAUGUGCUGGAGAUCCUCCAGGGGUUCAAAGUAGGGCAGUUGAGCCCAGAAGAGCCCCCCCAACCCACCCCGGGAGAUCCUUACGCCGACGAUCCUCCACGCCACCCUGCCCUUCAAACCAACACCUUAAAACCCUUCAAUGCAGAGCCCCCUCCAGAGCUGAUCAGUGAAAACUACUUGACUCCCAACCAGCUCUUCUUCAAACGCAACCAUCUCCCUGUGCCAAAGGUGGACCCUGCUACCUACCGCUUGCAUGUUAGGGGUCCCCGUGGGCGGACCCUGUCUCUGUCCCUUCAGGACUUGAAGAAGAAGUUCCCAAAGCAUGAGGUGACCGCUGCCUUGCAGUGUGCUGGCAAUCGUCGGGCAGAGAUGAACUCUCUCAAGAAUACCAACCGGCUAGGCUGGAACAUUGGGGCGAUCAGCAAUGCCCGCUGGGGGGGUGCCCGGCUUCGGGAUGUUCUGAUGCAGGCUGGCUAUAAGCAAGAUGACAAAGGGCAUGUCUGCUUUGAGGGCCUGGACAAGGAUCAGAGUGGCACUGUUUAUGGGGCUUCCAUCCCCUUUGAGAAAGCCAUGAGUCCUGAAGGGGAUGUCCUGUUAGCUUAUGAGAUGAAUGGAGAAGAGCUACCUCGGGAUCACGGGUUCCCCCUCAGGGUUCUUGUGCCAGGCAUAGUUGGUGCCCGUAAUGUCAAAUGGCUGGCCAAGAUCACUGUGAGUCCAGAAGAGAGCCCAAGUCAUUGGCAGCAGAAGGAUUAUAAAGGAUUCUCUCCAGGAGUGACAUGGGACACAGUGGAUUUUUCCAAAGCUCCUGCCAUCCAAGACAUGCCUGUCCAGUCAGCCAUCACUGAGCCAAGCGCACAGACUGUUAUCAGGCCUGGGGAGCUCACAGUGAAAGGUUAUGCCUGGAGUGGAGGUGGACGAAGGGUUAUCCGUGUGGAUGUUUCUCUGGAUGGUGGAAAGAGCUGGCGUGAGGCUGAGCUCAUUGGGGAGAAGCAGUUGCCUGGCCGAGCUUGGGCAUGGCAACUCUGGCAGCUGAAUGUUUCCGUGCCUGAUGGCACCAGGGAGCUGAACAUUGUCUGCAAGGCUGUGGACACCAGCUACAAUGAGCAGCCUGACACAGUGGGGCCUAUUUGGAACAUUUUGGGAGUGCUCAACAAUGCUUGGCAUCGAGUGCAUCUCCUCGUGGAUGAAGACUAAGCAUUUCGCUUGUGCCUUGUCACCUGGAACAAAUGAAGCAUCGUGGAUUCUUGGCUGCUUCGUGCCUUCCUCUUUCUUCGGGGAUCUCUCCCUGUAAGGAGCCUCAGAAGAAGAGCGGAGAUCUUCCAUGGGGUCCUGUGACCUCUCUGUGUUCUUCCUUGUUUACUGUUGGUGUAGCUUCUGAGGGCAGUGGUGGCCUUAAAAGAAGAAAUAGCUUUUCCUAUAGACAGGAAACCUUCCUUCCUUGGGAAUAUAGGACUGAUAACCUGCUUUGCCAAAAACAAUACCAAACAAAAACCCCUAUAGGCAAAAGGGUUGGCAACUCGUGGUUCUUCAGAUGUUGAAUGUCACCCCCAGCUUUCCUGGUUGUUACUUGUGCUGGCCAGAGGACACAGGCUGCCCCCUCCCUACAGUAACCAGAUGUACACACACUGCUGAUUGGUUGUCUUUUCUUUUUAAGGCAUUGUGACUUUGUCUGCAUUCUGUUUUGGGCUAUACAACAAAAGGCAAUCAAAAACAAGCUUCCGUGACAAUGAGGUGGUGACUAGGUUCUGGUUUUUAGUCCAGACUUUAAAAGAAAUAUACAAGGUGUAGAGCUUAUUUUGGGGUAGGGUUUGACACUUUAUUGAACUCCUGUAAACUGUGGGCAGAAAUGUGGCAUGCAUUCACCCUCCCCACGGCAUGGAAAACAGAUGCCACUACCCAAACUUGUAGCACUUCCAUUCCCAGUCCAUUUUGUC